GCGCCUGGCGGAGGCGGACGGCGCGAAGGGCAGCGGCAGCGCUUCGCCGCCGCCUUGAGGGACCGCGCGCGGCCUUGCUGUUUCCCUGCUGGCGAAAGCCGAGACAAAAGGUGGUAGGUCACAGCUGGAAGCACUUCACAGGACCCUGCUGUCCUUCAGAACCCGAUGACUCAGCUCAGACUAUUUCUGUAUCCAGAGAUGGGAGUGAAGAUGUAUCUGAUGCAGCUUUAAACCUGUCAUCUUUGGUCAAAUUCGCUGUUUAGAAUGACAGUAUGGUACUCCAUAUGGUCAACAAAAUCUGUCAGGGAGUUUUGGUAGACAUUCAGCUGCUGGUUCCCAUUGAAGCCUGGGCUGCUAUAGAGACGUUCCUAUCUGUACCUGAGCUUCCUAAUUUAAAGUAGUUAUGUCUGUAUCAAGCACACCCACUCUGGUCUCAGUUUAGAUACAGAACUGUCUCACAAGUUAACUAAACCUGGUUAGAGCAAAGCAGUAGUCUUUGCCUAAAUUAACUGAUUGGAUUUAGAAUUGUGUGGGAGCCUAGUUUUAGCACAACAUGGUACAUCAUGGAAAAAGGAAGUGUCACAUUGUCCUCAUGAGAUUCUGGUUUGAGGUAAUCUGCUUUUUUCCAUUUUCUGGUGUAUGUAAAAGGGAAGAUAAGGGUAGAGGGAAAAAGGAAAGGAUAAGUGAUGAGAUCUUCAAUCUUAAUUCUAUCCUAUCACCAUUGCCUGUGCAUCAGAAAGGGUAAUAGCUGCUGUGUUGAGCAGAAGGCAAACUGCCAAGUGAUUGCCUCUUAGCGAUAGAUCUGCUUUCUUCCUGAAGCAACCAGGGGAUUAAAAGGUUGGGAUUUGGAGUAGAAGAAAUGCUUCUGCCUCUUUUGCUGUUAUGAGUUGUAGAUGGGUCAUAUCAGCUAUCAUGUGAAAGUUACAAAAGUGUACAAGCAGUUUUCUUCCUUUUUCAGGUCCUGAAAGAGUUUUCUACCCUAAUAUACCCUCCUUUUUCCACUGUGUUAGUUGCUCUGGUAAAUACCACCCUUCCCUAUGGCUCUCACCUAAGCUAUGUAUACGUAUGUCAACAGUUUAAGGGCUGGUUUAGCCUGGUUCCAUGACUAAUGGGGUAGGGGGACCCACGGACCCAUGCCCCAGGAAAAAGGAAUGGAGAAAAAGGUAGUGAAAUGGGCCUAAAAACAAGACAGUGGCAACAAUCUGAGGAGAAAAGCUAAUUUACUGAAAAAAGAUAUUGGAAUGCAAGAUAACACAAUAUAAUGCAAUAUAAUUGGAGUUGAAGCUAAUAAAUAAAAGGAGAGAGUGUGUCCAAAAACCGAAGGCCUUACUCUAGUGCUGAAGGCAAGAUGUCUAGCUGGGACAAACAGAAAGGCGAAAGUGAGGGACAUCUUGUGAUAUGCAAACAGUUUUAUCUCUCCCUCUGAAUGGAAAACGGAAACAGAACAACGCAAAGUCCUCUGGGGUAUGUUGUAUGUCAUCGUUGUUCUCUUCUGAAAACCAGGUACCCAGAACUAUCCACGGACCUGGAGUGUUAACUCUUUAACUCUCAGUGCACUACAUGAUGUUAUGAUAUGGAAUACCAAUAACAAAAAAUCAUAAAACCAUGAAACAUGCUACAUCAGCAGAACUGUGGUAUUCUGGGAGUAGUUGCAUACAGAGCGAGGGCUUCUCCUUGUAUAGCUCUGAUGAUGAAAGAUCACCUCUUCACUCAUCAAGCGCAAUAAAGUUCACACCUACUAUACUUUACAUUUGUUUUACUGAUUCCCUAUAAGCUUGCUUAGAGGCUCUGCUGUUGCACAGAUAUUUAUUUAGAACAUACAUUAUUAUAAUUAACUAUGCUGUGUUUCAGUUUAUAUGUUAGCCAGAAACCACCCUCCUGCAAUUUUUUGACGUAUUUUGCAUGUUUUUAAAGUAUUUUUAAUAUAACACCAUUACCAAAAGUAAAGAACUUUCUCAGUGUAGCCUAGCUGUUUAAUUUUUUUUUUCCCCUAUAGGACUUCAAUUGCUUAAAGGCAGUUGGUGCUGAUUUCCUUAUCUGCUCUGAAGGAAAAAAAAGGUGUUGUCAGAAAGAUCAAAAAGAGCACAAUAAUGCUAUUUGAUAGUGCAAAUUCUCAGCUACAAAACACUGUUUUUUCAACAUAGUCACCUUCAUUAGUUAAGCAUUUUUGUCAGCGAUGAACAAGAGCCUGCAUGCUAUGCUCAUGAAAAUCUGCACCGGUGGAGGUGACCACUGCUACCAGUGCUAAAGUGCACCACCCACCAUCUCGUUGUUUGGUCUCCGUAAAUGUUCAGCAGUUGCUGAUGAAUGUCAGUGGGUGCCAUUGUUUCCACAUGGAGAAAUUCAGUGCCACACCUACGCUUCAAGCAUGCUUUUAUAUCAGACGCCACUGUGUCAGACUGCCCCUCUGCUGCCAUCUGUCACAUGGCAACAAAUGUAAAGAAUAUUGGUGGGAAGGUUCAACCUCUACUGCCAUACCACCAACAGCUGCUUCUGAUGUGGGCCAACAUAAUAAGAGGCAUUACUUUUGGAGCAGCCCUCAUAAAAUACCUCUGAAGAAAUCUGGCCUCAGGCUGAAAAAAGUCCCAUAGGUUAUGGUUAUUUCCACUCUAAAAUAAAUAGUGAUGGUUUCAUAACAAGGUGUAGGUGUAAAAAGCAUUAUUGAUCACCGCUGGAAUAUGUUUAGCCGUAACACCGUGCAUCUAACUGUAAAUUCCCUAACUGGACAUUUAUACAUCAGAGAAGUCAGGUAUAAACAUGAUAUAUUGAACUGCAAUUAUGUUACAAAAUAGAAUCACUAAUCAGGUACAUUCCCUUAGAAAACUGAGAUUAGGGACAGGAAAUAUCUCCCAUGUCUUUAUAUAAAAAUAAUUAGUUUUUCUCUAAUGGCUUGUUAACAGAAGCAUUUAAGGCCUGUAGUUUUACAGGUAUUGUUUAACUGGUAUAAUUUCAUCUGUUAGAAAGGCCUAUUUUCAUAUGUUUAGAUACUAUGAAGAAAAGGAUUGUCUGUAGUAGGGUCAGACAUUUUUAUGCCAGUACAAUUCCAUUUUCCCUGUUACAACUUUCCUAACCCUCCAAACUUCAUAGCUAAGUAGAAUAAUUAUAGUUGCACAAACAACUGUCCAAAGCUUAAUGAACUACAUAACCACUCUUCACCAGUUUCAGCAAUAAAGGUAUGUUUAAACAUCUUUCUUAGUAUAUGAUUUGUUUAUUUGCAUUUUCAGGGCAGCUUUCCUAUUUAAAAUAAUAUUCACUGACACCUUGACAUAUUUCUGUUGUUCAACUUGUUUGGCUUCUGGGGUUUUCUUAGUAAGUUUUGGUGUAAGUAUUUUUCCCUUUUAUUUUUUGUAUUUGUAUAUAUGACCAAUCUAUCUGAUGCUUCAUAACUUCUUUUCUGAGGCAAAUAAUAAAACACAGAAAGGAAAAAAUGAUGUUCUUUACUCUUUGUGUAACACAUACCUAAAUGCAGUCACUGAGAUACAACAGUCUCGGGUAAUGGAAAGAUACCAUAAUAUUCCUACCAAAGGAUGCUUCUCUGCUUACUGUACUAAGUUUAAAAAUGGUGAAUGAAUUAAUAUUUUAAAGUAUGAAAUUCAGAAGAUAAUGAGAAGUCAAGGAGACUUCCUUUUGACUUCAGUAGAUCCUAUCAAACCUGUGUUUGAAGUUUUUCCAUCCGUUAUUUUCUUUCUUUCAAUGUAAAAAUGUCAUCUAGCUGCAUGUCUUAAUUGAGAAUAAGUAAAUGUAAGGGUAAAGUUUAGCUUUGCUCUGAAGUUAUUAUACAAAUGCAUGUGGUCCUGUAAGUAUGGUGUUGACUUUUUUUUAUGUUGACUCUAUCAUGCUUAGAAGUCCCACCACCUGACAGAGAGUAAUCUGGCACAUACACAGGAAGAAGAGACCCUUUAUUCUGUGUAUUUCCCAUGAUUAUUUGAAGCUAAUUCUCUUUUUACUGAUGUUGUGUACGCAUUGAAUCCUUAAAUUUUUACAACGAGGAACUUAGUUUAUCACAUCUUAUCCCCCAUUUUUACCAGUGAAACAGUGACUGAAGGAAACCGCUGUCCUCAGCUGAAAAUACAACAGGUUGUAGGUUUUUAUUGUUCAACUUUCUAUAUAUGGAAAACAAAGAGUUUAGAAUCUUGCUGGCCAGCUGGGCUGGUUGUUCAAAAGCCAGAGAUUCUGUUACAUAUAUCUGACCUAUGGGUCAUCUCCUUUUUAAUGUCAUACAAUUAGCCAGUACAUUUUUAUUCUGUUACUGGUAAUAUUAAACAGGAUGUGACCAAAAUUAUCUCCUUGUACUGAACAUUGUAGGAGUUAAACUUGCUGCUACUUCUUUAGUGGUGAUUGCACGUGGAGACCCUUCUCUAGCCCAUUUCAGCUUAUAUAAUUAGCUAAUGUGUACCAUGCUGGUAGUCAAAAGAGGUUCUAUUAAGCCUUGAAGAAGUCUCGGCCAAGCUUAUUAUUAUAUCUCUCCAUUAUUAUAACUUUCUUAAUUCUUAGCUAAUCGUGUUUGAGUGUCAACAAUCCUAUUUGCCAAGCCUCCGUACCUACAAUUAUCCAGGUCAUCUGAUCUGAUUUAUUGACUAAGUUUUGAAACAUUCAUUUUCAUUUGUUUUAUAUCAGUAUAAAACAUGGACCUGUUUUCCAGGUUUAUUGAAGAACUGUCCUUUUUUAUCAAUCAAUAGGGAUUAGUAAUCUCUACUGAAAUCAUUCUGGCAGAUGUGCGUAUUACUAUGUGGAUUACUUUUGUGUAAUGCUUUUUGUCUUUUCCUAAAAAGAAAAAAAUAAAACAUUUCUCACAGUACGAUAUACAUGCAUUCCUAAAGGUCAUUCUCCUAACCAAUGUGUAGACUGUCCUAAAUAUUCUUCUUUCUUACUGAAGUUUACUUUUACUGCUUGUGAAAUGCCAGCUCCUUGCUACUCAGUUGGUGUUUAUUGUGUAUUAGUAUUGUUAGGCUCAACCUUGUCUCAGGAAAUGUGUGACUAUUGUGCUUUGACUUUGCAAAACAGAGCUACAGCUAUUAAACUGCAAUUUUUAAGGAAACUUGAUUACCAGAAGUUCCUGCUUUCCACUUAGCACAGAUUUAGCUCCUAAUAAUUAAAUUGAUUCCUGUUGUUUAAAUGCAGAUUUGUAUGAUCUCUCGUAUGUUAGUGACAGACGUUCAUAUUUUAAGCAAAAUUCUGUCUGAUGCAGAUCAUACUUUCAUACCAGAAAAGAAAGAGAGGCAGAAAAGAGAUGAAAAGACGCCUUGUCUGUCAGUGCUGCCUUCUUUUCUAUCAUCUGCAUGAGGGAGUACAAAGCAAAAGUAAAGUGUCAGUACAUUUACAUGACCUGUAUUCAACUUCUCCAGUCUAGCAGAAACUCCGAUACAACUGCCGCUCUCUGGCCCCGCCCCUCGCGGGUCGGUUUCGAGGAGGGGCUGCGCGGCCCGCGGGCGUCUCUUUGUCACGUGACGCCUCACCGGCACUACAGUUCCCGGCAUGCACAGCGCUCACGGCAGGAUCGGACGCUUCCGCCGUGCUUUCGUGUCGUCACCAGAAAUUUGAAAGUAAGUCCCAUGGUGCCCCGCGAGCGCCCGCUGAUUGGUCGAGCGGCGGCGGCGCGCGGUUCGAAGGUGGUGGUGGCGGCGGCGCGCGCUCGCGGGCGUUGGGUUGGGUCCGAGUCUCAGCUUCAGCCUGAGCCGCGCCCAGGCAGCGCGGCCGGUGCCUCUCCUGUCGUCCUCGGCCCUCUCGCGUCCAGGUGCACCAUGGCCUCCCUCAGCUUGCAGAGCGGCGGCGCCUCGAAGAAGGAGGAGAAGGGCAAGAACAUCCAGGUGGUGGUGCGCUGCAGGCCUUUUAAUGCCUCGGAACGUAAAGCAAACUCCUAUGCUGUUGUAGACUGUGAUCAAGCACGAAAAGAAGUUAGUGUCCGCACUGGAGGAGUCACAGACAAGAUGUUGAAAAAGACUUACACAUUUGAUAUGGUUUUUGGAGCUCAGGCAAAGCAGAUUGACGUAUACCGGAGUGUUGUGUGUCCCAUUUUGGAUGAAGUUAUUAUGGGCUAUAACUGUACAGUGUUUGCCUAUGGCCAAACUGGUACUGGUAAGACCUUCACGAUGGAAGGGGAACGGUCACCCAAUGAGGAGUACACUUGGGAAGAAGAUCCAUUAGCAGGUAUAAUUCCUCGUACAUUGCAUCAAAUAUUUGAAAAACUCACAGAGAACGGCACUGAAUUUUCCGUGAAAGUUUCCCUUUUGGAAAUAUAUAACGAGGAGCUUUUUGAUCUUCUGAAUCCUGCUCCGGAUGUUGGAGAAAGACUGCAGAUGUUUGAUGACCCCCGAAAUAAGAGAGGUGUAAUUAUUAAAGGCUUAGAGGAGGUCACUGUACACAACAAAAAUGAAGUCUAUCAGAUCCUGGAAAGGGGUGCAGCAAAGAGAACAACUGCAGCUACUUACAUGAAUGCAUAUUCCAGCCGUUCCCACUCCGUAUUCUCAAUCACCAUCCAUAUGAAAGAAACCACAGUAGAUGGAGAAGAACUCGUUAAAAUUGGGAAGCUAAACUUGGUUGAUCUUGCAGGAAGUGAGAACAUUGGUCGAUCUGGGGCAGUUGACAAAAGAGCUCGUGAAGCUGGAAAUAUUAACCAGUCUCUCCUGACUCUGGGAAGAGUUAUUUCUGCUCUAGUAGAAAGAGCCCCACAUAUUCCAUACAGGGAAUCCAAACUCACAAGAAUCCUUCAAGAUUCUCUUGGAGGACGAACAAAAACAUCAAUAAUUGCAACAGUUUCUCCUGCAUCUAUAAAUCUUGAGGAAACACUGAGUACACUAGAAUAUGCCCACAGGGCAAAGCACAUAAUGAACAAGCCUGAAGUUAACCAGAAGCUGACCAAAAAAGCUCUUAUUAAGGAAUAUACUGAAGAGAUUGAGCGUUUGAAAAGAGACCUUGCUGCUACACGUGAGAAGAAUGGAGUCUAUAUUUCCCUUGAGAAUUUUGAAGCCCUUAAUGGAAAGCUGACGGUUCAGGAAGAACAAAUUGCAGAGUAUAUUGACAAAAUCAGUGUCAUGGAGGAAGAGAUGAAAAGAGUAACUGAACUGUUCACUGUUAAUAAAAAUGAGCUUAAGCAGUGUAAAACAGAUCUGGAAAUCAAGGAGAAGGAACUGGAAGAAACACAGAAAGAUCUGCAAGAAACCAAAGUUCAUCUGGCUGAAGAAGAAUAUGUGGUUUCUGUUUUGGAAAAUGCUGAACAAAAACUUCAUGGCACAGCUAGCAAGUUGCUUAAUACAGUUGAAGAAACCACAAAAGAUGUAUCUGGUCUCCAUGCAAAACUGGACCGUAAGAAAGCUGUUGAUCAGCACAAUGCUAUUGUCCAAAAUACAUUCGCACAACAAAUGACUGAUUUGUUCAACAAAAUACAAGAUUCAGUUAAUGAGAACAGUGUGAAGCAGCAACAGAUGCUGACGUCUUACACAAAUUUUAUAGGUGACAUCUUGUCUACCAGCUCUUCAGCAUCUAAUAUUCUUACAUCAGUUGUAUCAGCAUCUUUUGCCUCUCUUAAGGAGUUGGUGUCUACUGAAGUUUCCUGCAUGUCUGAAAAAGUAUUACAACACGAGAAUCUGUCACUUGAUCAUAAAGCUGAGCUCCUGAGAUUAAUUGAGGAGCAUGCAUCAGGAUUAGGAAGCGCAUUAAAUAGCUUGACACCGAUGGUAGAAUUUGUCCUGGGCCUAAACUGUCAGUUUCAGACUAACGUGAAAAAAUAUUCAGCUGUGGCAGAUAAGAUGAACGGUCAUAAAAAAGAAAUGGAUACCUUCUUUGAAGAUCUUUCUCUCACUCUGAAAAAAUUACAGGAAGAAACAGCUAGUGUUCUUGCUCAGCUUCAGAAUGAUUGUGAAAAUUUAAGGGAAGAAGUGGAAAUGACGAGACAAGCACAUACAAAGAAUGCAGCUGAGUUAAUGUCCUCGCUACAAAGACAGCUUGACCUGUUUGCUCAAGAAACUCAGAAGAACUUAGCUGAUGUACUGGCAAAAAAUGGAAGCUUAAAGACCACCAUCACUGCUGUGCAAGAAAAUGUUCACCUGAAAACUACAGACCUGGUCAGCAGUACAGCUUCUAACCAUAGCAGAUUUCUUGCAUCUGUGGAUAAUUUUUCUAAGGAGCUCAGGACUAUAAAUAGUGAAAACAAGAGAAUGCUGGAAGAUUCCACUGACCGCUGUCAGCAACUUCUCAUCAAUCUCAGAAAUGUGUCUCAGGAUGCUGAUAAAUGUGCUGAACUUACAAUUGCUCAGAUAGCCAGCUUUACCGAUCAGCAGCUAUUGUCCUUCAGGGAUGAGAAACAGCAGUUAAUGUGUUUUCAAAAGAAAAACAGAGAAAACUGUGAGAAAGCAAUAGCUGAAAUUGCCGACCAUAUUGAUACUCAAAAAAGUGCUGAGGAGAAGGUACUAAACGGCCUUCUUGAUCAAAUGAAAGUUGAUCAGGGGGUACUUCUGGAACAGAAGCUGGCACUUAAUGAAGAAGCACAACGUGGACUGGCUCAGGUUAAUGGUUUCCUGAAAGAAGAUCUUAAAGUGGAUAUUCCAACAGGAACAACUCCACAGAGAAGAGACUACUCUUAUCCAGUCACACUGGUGAAAACGGAACCCAGGGAACUUCUACUGGAACAACUGAGGCAGAAGCAACUAAAGCUUGAUGCUAUGCUAGACAGUGUGGUAAAGGAAGCAGAGGAGAAUGCAGAUGAGGACCUGCUAGGAGUGGAGGAAGAGAUGCAAGAAUCCAGUGAAAGCCUUGGUGGUGACAAGUACUUAGUGGAUAUAAACAUAAGCUGUCAUGCAAAUGGGGGCAUUCCCUUUUUCCAGCACAAAAGGAGUCACAAAAAAGAUAAAGAGAACAAAGCUGCAGCAAUGCUGGAGAAAAACAAAACUGAAGAUAUGACAGAACAGCUGCUUCCUAAAUCUAAGCUACCCUUAAGAUUAGUGAACUAAGAUAUACAUACAUAUAUACACACUGCAGAUUCUUAUAAGAUACUUUUGGUUAUCUACUGAGCCAUAAGUUCUCUUGGUUAUUCUGUCACUGUAUAUAGUGAUAUAUUGAUGCAACGUUGGAUCAAAAACUUGACCUGAUACGUCCUACCUUUGUUCUAUUUUUGUAUAUGAUGGCUUGCAAAGUAUUAACAGUUUUAAUUAAAAAAAGAAAGGCAACAAAAACAAUCUGCAGAUGAUGGUGCUGUAUGUUAAGUGACAGUUUUUAUCCUGUCAAGUAGUAGAUUGCUUUCUGCUUCUUAGUAAAUUUGUAGUAGCAGGAAGGGACAUAAAAUGAUGCUGUUUUUCUUUAUUGUAAAUAUGCGAUCUGUUUCUGUACCUGCCUUACUCUGAUUCCUGUUACUAUGAAGUAGAUAGUAGUCUUUGGGAUACUUUCAAAUAAAUCAGUUGAUACACAGAGGACAGAUGUGUACGCAUAUGUGGUUUCAGUCUUAAAUUAAACUUGAUAAUAUAGCUAAAACAUUAGUAUCUGCAAAAUAGAUGCUUUGGAUGCCAUUCAGACAACUGCUGAUAGAUAAAGAUCAGUAAUUUUGAUUAUGCCCUUGCACUGUGAUUCUCUUAGCUAUAGCACCAGAUUGACUGAUCAGCUGUAUUUCUGUACCACUUCUUACCUGUUACUUUUUCUUCAUGGGCAAGGCUAAUUGCAUCUCUUUAGCAGCAGAUAGCAGGAGACAAAAGCAUUCCUUUCCAAAAGAAUAUGGCAGCUAUAUGUGAACAAAUGUGUUAUUUUUUUAUUUUUAUUGUCUUAGUACUUAGCUUAUAUACUAGAUCUUUCCAUUAUAUGAAGUUUGGAACCUUAAAAGGGGUUUUGAAAUCUUGUUUUGUCUGCAGGAAUGUCUCCAUUGGAGUGGUUGGUAUAUUGUGAAAUUCUGACAGCAGAAACAUCAUGGGUGUAAGAAUUCUCCAAGGCUUAGCACUUGGGUUCUUGUGCCAUGUUCUUUUACACUGACAAGAUUUUUGUUAGUGUGAUCUAUCCAUUUCAUAAUUAAAAGGCACUUCUGCAAGUCUUUCACCCUUAAUUUUCCAUACAGAGUUCACAAGAUGGGUGUGAACAAACAAACUGGAGCAACCAGUGCCAAGGAAGGAUCACAUCCAUUAAAGCGAUGCCAGAAUCUAUGCUUAUUUAACCUUUUUGAAACUACUCUUGUCCAUAGCUGUUCGAUUUGCCCUGGUGCAGACACGGAUUGCUUUUCUCAUAUUGAGAGCCUUUAACAGAUGUCUGAAUCUUUGGGACUGCUUGCUUUCUCUUUCCAGAGAGAUGUGUUUUCUUACAUUUGCAAUAAUGUUAUGGCACAUCACUGUUUCUUUAAUUGGGCCUGGUGCCUAAUGGUCACACCAGAAAGCUGAAGGGGAUGAAAAAUUUGGAUACAGAGCCUGUCUCUGCUUCCUUGCCAGUGUCUCUUCUCCCACUAGGUGGCUCUAACGCUGAAGUGUUAGUCUAAACCUCCAGCACCAUCUGCUAACCAGGAUUUAGGCACAGGCAUUUUGCCGAGGUCUUAGUCUAACAUCUCUUACAAGAGCGGGUUUGAAAAGCUAAUAAUUUUAUGUUUCUGCUAGGAUAUUCCUAUAUUCAAACUGGGGUGAGGGCGUGUUUAGUGAAGGAGCUGCGCUUGAGAGAAAUGUUUGGAACCGUGGCUUGAGCUUUGCUGCAGGAUCAAUAGAUGCUUGUAGUAAUUAAAUGCUCUCUGAGAUCUCUGUUGCGUGGGCACUCCCUAAAGCAGAAAGCAAAACCUACUUGUUUAGCUGCAAGAAACACCUCUUCAACUUUGCUUACACAGGGUUACUGGAUACACAGGUUUAACCCGAAGAGAGGAAAUUGGCAUGAUCUAGGGUAGUUUACAGAAUGGUAUCAAUUUGGCUUGUUUGAAAGUAUCAUUCAUAAGAAGUGUCAAAGCUGUUUCCCCAGAACAAGUAGCGAGGUCAUACCCUGACUAAGUUAGUUGUGCUGAGCUGCAGGUGGAGUCGUGGUGUGACUGGGGUUGUGGUGUACAGCCAUGCUCUGAUUAAACAGGUGAUCUUCCAUCUGAUUCUGGAUCAGCAGCCAAGUGGGACAACUCUUGAAUUAACAACAAAAAUAAAUAAAUAAAAAACCAACUUGCAAAUAUGUACAGUGGAUGGUAAAAUGAAGAGGGGGAAAAAGAAGAGCUUAAGCACAUGUAAUAUGGGUGGAAGAAUGUGGAGAGACUGAUAAAAAGACAACAGGAAACAGUAAUCAGAGCCACCAGCUUUCUUUUCAAUUAAAAGGGAGCAAUGAAGAGACAGUGGAGGAAAACAAGCUUUCUGCUUCCAAGCUGACUGCUGUUGCUGGCUGCUUCUAUUUCAGGUAUCAGAAGCAGUUGUGUGGGACUAGAGAGGAGCGAGAAGGUACGUAGCUGUUAGGCUCUGUCUUUCUUUGUUCUGUUAGACAUUAGUCACCCUUGUAAUCAUGUGUGAAAUGAGCAGAGGAAACAAGAGAGCCUAUAACUCUUCGGGGUGAUAAAAGAAAACUUAAAUAUAGAAGGAGAUGGAAAAAUAAAAAGUUUAAAAUUCCUUUUCCAUUAAAAAGCAUUUGAAGGGGAAAAAGAUCUCUGAUCUUCUAGAACAUUAAAAACAGGGGGGAAGUUAAAUAUAUAGUUGCUAAAUAUAUACUUUUUAAAUGAUUUUUUUUAUAACCAUUCGACUACUAUUUUUUCUUUCCUUGUUAGAAACUACUUUUUAUGGUAGAGGACUAUGCUCUAUAAACUACCCGCCCACACACAUAGUCGCUUUAUGAACUUAAAUAACAAUAAAUCAUUCCAGGUUUUGUGUUAGUAGGGCUUAUACAGCGCAGUAUUACAGGUGGGUUGUAGACCACCUAGCAAAGUAGGCUGCUCUUGAAGGUUGAACCCAAACUCAAUUCACAGCGGUAUUGCUACACUCGUUCUUGAAAACGUUAAAAACCCACAACUUGGUAGGAACGCAGGGCAGCUGAGUUCAGAUCUCUGUGUUCACAAUGCAUCUGAAAUCAUCUUUGAUUCCUACCAGGCCUACUUGCAAAAAUGAGGGUGCUCUAUAACUAUGCAUGUGUUGAAAAGGAACAAAUGCUCGAUUCGAUGUUCUCCCUUCAGGGAAAAAGAUUGGAAUGAACUGCCACUUUUGUAAGGGCUCCGAACAAUAUUUAGUAUGCUUAUUGCAAAUGCUGUCAGAUAUAGACUGAUAUGCAAAAAAUUAGGUUUUGUAAAGUAAUGGGGAUUAACCUGGAGUGUGCUGUUGUUGUUUUUUUCUCUCUCCAGAAUAUUAAACUUACAUAAAUGUAUCCUUGGCUUUAUUAGUUACACUUGAAAUACUCUGGGGACUCUUGGCCUGUUGUAACCCGAACGCUGUAAUUCAAGGAGUGACUGAAAUGUUGAGCUUGACAAGUACCCUUUAUUUUUUUAAUUACCAAAAUGUAAGAAUGAAAUAAACAGAUGAUAUAAAAUA